GUGGGCUGAGGCCCGCCUGCGUUUGAGGUGACCGUGGCCUCCUCAUAUCGCAUCUCCUUUUUUUCGUCAAAUCUCCAGCGACCAGCGGUGAAGGAGGCGAUAGUCGGCGGCGGCGAGUGAGCGCGGGGAGAAGGGGCGGCGGCCGGCUACGACUCUCGAGGAAGAGCGACGGCUGGGUCCGUGCUCGCGAGCCUCGCUCCAAUCGAAGGUGGAUCCGGGUUCGCCAGCCUCGUCACCUCGUAUUCUUCUCUCGUAGUCGUCGCCCUCCUCCUCCUCCUCCUUCCUUCUACUGCUACUGGAAGUGCAGUUCCAUCCGGACUCGGAUAGAAUUCUUCUUUUUGUUAGCGAAACGGAAGGGUUCGUGCCGAGGCCCACAUUACCUUCCGCAUCUGAUGUCGAGGCUGCGAGCUCUGUGGCAAGCUUCCUUCAACGCCACCAAAAGAGCUCUUGUUUGGAAUUCAGAAGAUCUAAUUCCACCAAGUGAAAGAUACAUCUUCAAUUUCAAUUCAAAAGAUGAGCUGAAAAGAUGGCACUUGUACUCGGAUUCCGAGUAUGGAGGUUUGUCUUCUGCGUCGUUGGAGAUAGCUGAUGGCAUCACUGGUGGAGAUACUUCAUUAACUGGUGUCUUUUCUGGUAAUCUUUCUUUGGAUAUGUCCGAGGAAUCAACAUGGAGAAUCAGGCGUAGUGGUUUCUGUGGAAUGCGAUCGAAGAAGUUUGAUGGUUUCAUCGAUCUUGAUGCAUAUGAUACAAUAGCAAUGAAGCUAAAAGGGGAUGGAAGAUGCUACAUAUCUACUAUAUACACAGAGAAUUGGGUGAAUUCACCUGGACAAGAAGAAGAUAACUCGUGGCAGGCUUUUGUGUACAUACCCGAGGACGGAUGGCAAAUCUUGAAGAUCCCUCUUGAUAGUUAUUUACCUACAUGGAGAGGAAAUGUGAUCGAGGCAAAGUUGGAGAUGAACCCUGCUCGUAUCGUGGGCAUGUCUCUCUCUGUAAAUGCAGAAGGCGGUGUUCCUGGUGCUAAGACUGGGCCAGGUGAUUUUAGGCUAGAGGUUGAUUGGAUCAAGGCACUGAGAACACUGUGACUUCCUCAAGUCAGUCUUAUUUCAGGGUUUGAGUUUCUCAUCGGCUUUUCCUUCUCUUUUUUCAUCCACCUCUACAAUAAUUGAAUGCCAUCGGCGGCUAAAACCACGCUAGCAAUCAUACUGCAGAUUGCCGGCUCCUGUAUGCACUGUUAGAUGCAUGAAAUAUUUCUGUUUGUAUCAGCAACCAUGGAAGGCUGCUGCAGCUCAGCGCCAAUGACUAAUGAAUUUCCUUUUUCCUUUGA